GCGAGGGAGUGCCACAGGGGUUAGGUCUUGGGUUCGAAUCCCGACAACUGCGAUGAGGGGUUACUAUGCUGAAAAAUGCAUAGGGCUCCUGCAAGUACCGGGGACAGAGCCCCACUCUCUAUCUGUCAGAUUGUGAUUAUAGUCCAACUUACAUCCUCCCGUCGUGCCGUCCGGUCGGUGUUGGGGGCCCUCAGGGAUGGGGUGUCAUCCUUUUUUUUAUAAAUUGAGGGCUAUAUCCACGCCCAUUGUUUAUCCUCUCAGAAACUAAGAAAUUUCACUCUUUCUCUCUCUAGAAAGCAGAGCGGUUACCACUCUCUCUCUCCAUCUCAAUAGCCGAUAAGCCGUAUUGUAUGGCCGCCAAUUUGCAGAGCCGAGGAGUCGCGAGCUUGGGGAAGCUGUUCCGGGGCAAGAUAACCUCAACUAAUCGUACCGGCUCUUCUGCUUCUCUCUCUAGGUAUUCUACGCCGUAUGAGCUUUGGAGGGCCGUGCAUGCAUCGGCAUACGACAAGAACAUCGAGGAGCAUGCCCAACCCUCCGCUGUGCCGGAUGAAAUAAUCGAGGCCCAAUCAGACAAGUACUGGGCUCCUCACCCUCAAACCGGCGUAUUUGGACCAGACACGGUUAAUACAACAUCUGGGGGCGCCGCCGCUGCCGGUGAGGGCUUUGCACCACCAGAUUCAGUGUUGGAGCAGAAGGCCUUCUUUCGCCCCUUGGAGGGGUUAGAGAAGCCUGAGCCAUCCUUCCCCUGAACCAUCUAAUAUUUUCUUUCAAAUUCUGCCCCUUCUAUAUAUAAAUAAUAAAUAAAUAAAUAAAUAAAUAAAUACUCGCAAAUGCAGGGGGCAGACUGAAAAUAGUUGAAGUAAGUGGUCAGCGUCAGCACUCAGCAGUAUGGAUGUAACUAAAUGAUAUAAAAUGGAAAUACACAUCAUUUUCCAUAACAAUUAUCUAUUUGCUGUUAUUGUCAUUAUGGAUAUGCACUUGAUCUGGAAAAAGUUUCAAAAGUGUGUUACAUUUAUUUUCUUUUAUUUCAAAGUGUUUAUACCAUAGAUACAUAAAUCGCUCAAACACACACCAACUGCGUUCCGCGUACCCAAUCGCGGUACGGAAGUGUUCCAAACGUUGAUCACAUCGUAGUGUAAAACGCUUCACCAGUGAUCUCAAUUGCUUCUCAAGUCGUUCGCCAUCGCUGCCCAGGUCUGUUCCCAAUCGCAACUGGUGUCGACCGCAACUCCAUCCAGAACGCGCUAAAUCGUGAACUCCGAACAUUAACGACUGUCGCAGACCUACCCGUCGCGAAUAGUCUUGUCGUUUCUUGUGUUGAUAACCUAUGCGGAUAACGAGACACAUUUGUUUGAAACUUUGAAACUAGACGACUUAGGGUAUGUUUGGCAAAUGACUUAUCAGUCAACUUUUAGCUUGUUUGACCCAUUUCAGCUGUUUGAUUAGUCAAAGAAGCUAAUGAUAAUGUUUAGUAAAUGACUUUUAAAAUUAUCUUGUUGAGUUUGAAAAGUUGAAAAAUGGAUGAUUGAAGAAGCUAAGGGGAGCAACUUCUUCAUUCAGCUGGUUCAAUUUAUUCAAAAUAUAUGUCUUUUUAUACUCUAUCAGCCAUUUUGAAACAGUCAAUUUUAUCAAACAGUUAUUUAUAAUCAGCUAACAUAACCAGCCGGUCAAAACAGCUAACACAACCAGCUGUUAGGAAACAACUGAUACAACCAUUUAACAGCCAUUUUCCAAACAAGGCCUUAGCCUUUUUGAUUUCUGCUCCGGGUAAUAAAAGUUACGAACUCUUCACUUCAGCGACUUCUUUUUAAUACUGAGUAUUAAUGUUUUUUAUAUUUUGUUUAAAGUUUUUCUUGAAUAUAUAUAUUGAAAGUACUCUUUCAACGCUACUAAAAUAUAUUUUGAGUAUUAGUUUUAUUUUUUUCAAAAUAUAUAUUUUGAAAAAAAUAUAUCUGAAAUUCAGUUUUAUUUUAGUACCAAAAUAUAAGAUACAGUGUACCGAACAUGUGGUACAACGUACCAAACGCGUACCGGAAUGAACCUACCCCUCCGAACCAGAUACACAAGAUCUAGCAAACCGCGUUCCCGAUCCUCGUUCCCGUACUGAAGCGUUCCACGAACUAUGUGACUAUGGUUUAUACUUUGCAGUAAUUGUUGAGAGUUGAGACUUGAGAGACUAAAAAACAGUUCGGUGUGCUGAGACAAUACAAAUGGUUUGGAAGUAUUUGGCAAAGAUUUGGUCAAUCAAAGAGCGCAGGCUCCUUUUAGUUAUUAGAAUCCAAUAAAAAAUGAUAUUUUUAAUUGGAGCAGAAAUUUUCUGGUUUGUCUCAUGUUUGGUUUCGUUUGAUAUGAGAUUGAUGAAAGCUCAACUAAAAC